AUGGCAGUUCCGACUAUGCAUGUGAUGUUUCCCAGUUCAUGGAGGCAGCCCUCUAUCAGGAAGGCAAGUGCCUUCAAACCUCUCACAUGUCUCAGUCUCAAAGGAGGCAAAGGAGUGAGUGAUUUCCAUGAGAUUGAACUUAAAGUUCGAGAUUAUGAAUUGGAUCAGUUUGGUGUUGUGAACAACGCAGUUUAUGCAAACUACUGCCAACACGGCCGACACGAGUUUCUGGAGAAUAUCGGUAUCAACUGUGAUGAAGUAUCCAGUUCUGGUGAAGCCAUGGCGAUAUCUGAGUUGACAAUAAAGUUCCUUGCACCUUUACGUAGUGGGAACAAGUUUGUGGUGAAAUCAAGGAUAUCAGGGAUAUCCAUCGCGCGCGUUCACUUUGAACAGUUUAUUUUUAAACUUCCAAAUCAUGAGUUUAUAGCGGAGGCAAAAGGAACAGCUGUGUGGCUUGACAACAAGUACCGUCCUUCUCGUAUCCCAUCUCAUAUACGCUCUAAUUUCGUUAUUUCCUAA